CUGGCGCCGGUCGGAAGUAUGUGGCUCCUCUCCAUCCGUAUAUAAUGACCGCACAGCAGAGCCAAGGAGCCAGUAAGCUCAGUUCUGUCGUUCAGUGCGUUAGUGGUGCGCGCAGGUGUGGUUCCACAGAGACUACAAUUCAAAUCGCCGUUUCAAACUACAUAAUCCAUGGCGGGACACGGUUCCAGCAGCAUAGCAGCAUAUCAGACGUUGCUAACAUUAAUGCUGAUGGCGGUGGUGACAGGGCACACCAUGGGGCACACCUACAUGAUUAGGAGAGGAGAUGAACCCUUCAUUUACAAGAACAUCGCCAGUCGCUACCCGCAUAUGUUCACCUACGAGACCACAACAGUUGGCGCAACUACCUCAGGUGAUGAGAUGAAGAUGCUGCUUGGGAUGUGUAAGGAGGACCGCCAGGUGGUGAUGACAAAGCUACCUGUCAACUCCACAGUGGCAGCCACUCAGAACACUACAGACAAUGAUGUCCUAAAUACAAUAGAAAACAUGGUGGAGGUAAUAAAGAUGGAAGAUAUGAGCAACUCCAAGGAAAAGAUGCUGCCAGGUUUGAAAAAGAUGGUGGACUCUAUCAAUUCCACUAUGAAACUACAGACCAGGAUGUCACCCCAAACUUCUAAGCAGACACUCAUUAACCUCCAGCAAACUGUGCUGGAGUUCCUUGCCAUCAGUGGAAUAGAAGCCCUGUUACCGCUUGACUGUGGCAAGAACCCCAAGAGCCCUUUGGACCCAGUGCCCAGCAGAGGCAUUUACCCAUGGAUAGCAGCACUCGGCUCUAGUGAGGAUGGCAGAUUUCAUUACCGCUGCAUUGGUGUUCUUAUCACACAACAACACAUCCUCACUGAUGCUGAUUGUGUUACUUCACCAAACAUCAACGUAGUGAUGAUGAACGUAACUGACGCUCCAGGACCAGGAGCUGUACUCAACUAUGUGGCAGGACGUAGGAUUCAUCCUGCCAUCAAAAGCAGUGAGGACCUUCUAUCUGGUAACAAUAUUGGCAUACUGGAAUUGGCUCUGCCUUAUGAGUUUAAUGAUGAUAUUCAGCCACUAUGUCUGGCUGGACAGUUUGAAGAACCUGACCCCAAUGAGAGAAGUGAAGUAACCAUUAUCGGCUAUCAAGUCACAGAUACUCCAACUGGACGCAUGGCAGGUCUAUAUAACUGGCCAAAGUCUCGUACUUUGGGUUCUGCAUUUUGCUAUGUAGCCAUAAAGUCUCUGAAGGCAGAAGAACCAGAUAUUAAAACUACUUUGGAAGACAUCCUUACAAAACAACACCUUUGUGUUGACAGAAACUUUGAUCUGGUAGGAAAAUCAGUCAUUUUGAAAGUUGAUGAAAAUACAGGACGAGUGAGGGUGGUGGGACUGGGUGGAGUGGCAAAUGCUUCCAAAACUAAUCCCAUCGCCUACACCCUUGUGCAACCUCAUCGUUUUUGGAUAGAACUCAUCUUGAAAAAGUUUAGAGACAACACAACACCAAAGAGACCUACCUCACCUUCACCAGAUUCAGACAAGAGUUAAAGUUUUACUCUUCAUGCAUUUGAAUACUUUUAGCUGUCCCACGAAAAGUUAUCAGUAUGUAUUUACAGGUUUCAAACUUUUAAGCCAUAUUUUUAAACUUGUAUAUUUCCCAUUGUGAUAAUUACUCUUCAAUGAUACGUGCUCUACAUUCUUUAAUUUAACCAUCCAAACCAAUUUUUUGUGUAGAUACUAAUUUUCUAGAUUUUGUGUAUAAAUACUAGACAUUAUUAUGUUCCAUCAGUCCUUCCUUUCCUGAAUAUUUGGCUUUUCAUUCUAGGUACUGUACUACCUAAAACUUGCUUCCGAAGUACUAUUCCAUUUCUCACCUCAAGGAGUCAUUGAAGUUAUGCUCCCUCCAUAGUGCACUCUUGCACUCUUGCAAAAAAAAAAAAAAAAAAAAAAAAAAAAAAAAAAAAAAAAAAAGAUAUUCAUGCCUGCAUGCAGCCUUUAUUAAAAAAUACAUAGGAAGCACAGAAAUUACUAAAACAUAAAACAUAAAAAAUAGUAAAUAUACAUAAGAUGCUGAAAAUACCCUUCAUUUGUAUGGGGCAUAUCCAUACCAGCUACACUGCAACCUAUACACUUUGAAAGUAGUAUACAGAAUUGAACCAUCAAAAAUAUCAAUCAAUGGUACAUAUAAUCACAGAAGAAUAAUAAAGUAUUCUUUUCACACAAAUUUAUGUUACGACAGAAAGGAGACUUGCUUUAAUGGAGAGGGCUCAAAUGUUGCACAGUAUUACUCAUUCAAUUUAGGCUACUGAAUAAGAAAAAGAAAUUAAGAGUUCAUUAAGAUAAGUAUUUUUCAAUCUUGAAUUUUAAAUAUUUUGAAAAAAUUACUCAGAACACCCAAAAGUGCCUGAGUAAACACAUUUAUCACUACCAAUUCAGAAACCUGAGAAAACAUAAAGUGUCUAAGUACCUUCUUGUAUACUCUGCUAAGGAGAGAGUGAUAUGAUGUUUAAACAGUGUUUUGCCUCAUAAGCCUUACCAGGCUUAUGAGUAAGAACUAUGAAUGAGAUUUUAUCUUAAUUUAUCUGCUACUAUUUUGAGUCUUGUAAAUAAACCAUAAGUGAAGUCUUGUUUACCUCAACUACAAUAUUUUGUUUAUUUUGUUUAUUCAUAUCUCUCCUCAUUAGUUCACUGGCAUACUGUUCCACUCUCCUUUUCCUAAUCCUCUCCAGAUUUUAUUGAAAAAAUAAAGCCAUGUAUAGCUGUCAACUAAGGUGAUUUAUUUGUAAAGCAGGAAAAAUCACACACACACACACACACACACACACACACACACACACACACACACACACACACAUACACACAGCUACAAAUAACAGUGUCAUGUCUAAAGUAUCACAACAAAAUGACAAUAUGCCAAAUAUUUAUGGAUUAAUUUUCUAUGCUUCCAGUGUUCAUAGAUUUACGAUGCAAUCAAAAUCCUGUACAAAUGAAUAAAUACAUCUUGAAUUCAUACAAAAUCAACACCCACCCAUACGGACAGAGACAGGUAUGCAGAUAUACAAAUUCUUUAAUUUCACAACUUGUAACUUUUCAUGGCAUGGCAUGGCAUAGACUGCUCUUGAAGAAAGUAAACACACACACACACACACACACACACACACACACACA